UCCCCCACUGGGUUUAGACGGGUUUUUCCCAACCAUCUCCUCUUAUUUGGAUGAAUUCUCAGUGGAAAAUGGAUUCCCUUUAGAGGGGUCUUUCCUCUUCAACUGUCGAGUCUAAAAUCUCCGUCUUUUUAUUUCCCAGAAGAAGAAGAAAAACACAAACAUGGAGAAAAUUCCAGCUGCUUCUGCAAUGGAAUGGAGUAUUGAUCUUGAGAAAGGCCUCCGUUCCAAAAGCCCUGGCAAAUGUAUUGAAGCAAUAUUAGAAAUUGGGUCAAGGCUUGAGUGGUGGAAUAGAGAAUCAAGAAUUUCAGUUGCAGAGUACAAAAUCUUCCAUUUAAUUCCCGGUGAGGAUAAGCUCUUCGCGAAUGCUAUCCUUCUUCGGCUGGCGGAUGCGUUUAGAGUGGGAGACAAACGAAUUAAAACGUGCAUUGUGAAGGUAUUUAGGGAGGAAUUGAAAAGUAGGAGGAGAAGGAGUGGGAGAAAGGUGGAAGAUGGAAUUUUGUCGAAAAAGAAGCUGGAGAAUUAUUUGGAGAUUUUAAGGAGAGUUAAGGUUGUGUUUGAUGAGGGAGAUGUCGAAGAAAGAGCUUUAGCGUUGUAUUUGUUUGGUUGUUGGGCUGAUUUCGCGAAAGAUAGUGCUGAUGUUCGAUAUGUUAUACUUUCGAGUGUUGUUUCUGAUGAUGUUCUUGAGGUGAAGGCUGCUUUGUUUGCUGCUGGACGUUUCUGUGAAUUGGCAAAUGACUUUGCUAGUGUCCUGAUGGAGAUGCUUACUAAUAGGUUGACAUCAUGUGAAACAUCAAUGGCCUUAAAGUUAGUAGGAGGGCGAGCAUUGGCUAACAUGUGCUGCUCAUUAUCACUUGCUAACAGAGCAUAUGAGACAGGUUUAAAGCUGCUCUUGGACUCAUCAGAAGAAAAUUUCUCUGCAGUUAUGCUGGUAUCACUUACAAAACUUGCUUCUUGUUGGCCUCUACUGAUUCCUCAACAGAUAGAACUGCUUUUCUCUUAUCUGGCUAAGUACAGAGCAACUCAUAUUGAAGUUACAACUUUAACAUGUCUUCAAUUUCUUUUUGCAAGAGGAGUUUGUCCUUGUCCUGCAUCUAGAGAUAUGGUUCAGAAUUUCUUUGAUAUGCUGAAUCAAUCCAAAUUUCCACCAGCUGUGCUGCGUCAAGUUCUGAAAGUCUUGCAUAAGAUGCUUUCAUAUUACCUACCAACCUUACCUAGCUCAGAGAUGUUUAUGGUGUUCUCCACGUUCUUGAAGUUUAUUGAGAAUGUAAAUCAAUCUUCAAUCAUGUCAGAGAGACUUGUAGCUGCACGUGUUCUAGUAAAUAUUUUGUGCAAGUUUCUGGGAAGACCUAAACUGGAACAUGAUGAAACAGCUUUCACUCUGGCAUACCAAGUAAUUUCAUUCAUUAUGGAUCGCAUUUCUGAGCUAGUGAAUUCAAUCGUGACUAGACAUAUUUUUCUGGUGAAUGGUCUCAAAACAACUAAGAAAGGGCUCCUGGAUGGAGAUCAGGCCAAUGAAGAGUUGGAGCGAGAAGUGACAAGCUUGCUUAGAUCUAUCUUUUAUCUGGUUGAAAACCAUUUAGACAUCAGUGGUUUGGUGUUAGAUAGAGUUGGCAUAUUUUUGGAGCAUCUAGUGAGCACGCUUUGUAGGGAUGUAAGCAUAGAGAAAGACAACUUUUUAAACUAUGAACUGUCAGAAUGUGGUGAAGAAUACAAGACAGCAAAUAUACUAAAACUUGUGUUUUCUCUAACGAGAAUAAUAGUUACUUGUCUGGAAAACCCUGAAGUAGAGCAUGCAGAAACAGCUAAAGUCCUGAAUUCCUUAAAGCUUUUGAUAGAUUAUGUGUGCAAGUCCACCCCAAUUGGUUCAUCUACGUACACCAUUUACCUGCUUUUGCUGCACUUUCAUAGUGCCUGUAAGUGCAUCUGGCGACAGAUUAACCCCAUGGUAUACCUUGAUGACAAUUAUACUCCAUUUUAUGCUGGUUCUUUUCUUCACGAUAAUACUUUUAUUGCUGAAUUUGGAAAAAAAAUGUUUGGAGGAAGAGAUAAUUGGUCUUCUUACAAAGCUGGAAAGCGUGCAGCUUUACAGGGACUAUGGUCAAAUGCUGCUUUCAUAUUUGAGCGACUGACAAAAAUGGCUGUUUCUAAUUCCAGCUAUGUCUGGUUGAAAACCUUGAAUUUGUUCUCACAUUCUGAAAGUCAGAUUGAGUAUUUUGGGAUUAUUAAUGUGAAAGAUAGUUUGUCUGAAGCUGGAGAAGAAAUUACUCCGAAAAAUAAUUUGUAUAACUAUGUUGAAAUUCUUGUCAGAGCUUAUGAUGGCGUUCACCUUGCAGAGAAAACGCUGAAGAUGUCUGCUCCUGGGCUUUCCUUCACUUUUCAAAGGUGGUUUUUGGCUCUUAGAGCAAAAUUUUUGGAGAUUCUGGUGGACUUAAGCACGCUCUUAGGUGCAGUUUCAUUUCUAGAAGAUAGCAGUAGCUGUGGGCCAGAAACGAUGACUGUUUUGGUUCCAAGUAUGAUACCUUUGGAAAGAUACAGAUUCUUGGUGGAUUCUCUUGCCUCGGUAUCUUCCCAGCUCAAGAAGUUGGCAGAUGAAUUUGAUUUAUUAGCAACAUCUUUUGUUGGCAUGGACAGAAAAAGCAUGGGGAUACUUUUAUGCUUGUCAGCAGGUUGUUCGCUGUUGGCCUUCAGUACUGGGUUGUUCUUAUCUAUCCCAUACUUACAUGUUUCAGAAAAUAGCGUGACUAAAUGUCUAGAUGGCUCAGAAGGGCAUCAUUGUGGUGUGCUUAUUCAAGAUUUAUUUGAGAGGCUAUCACUUGUAGACUCUGAAACCAGCAAACAUCUUUGGAUGCUAUUAAAGGUUUAUGGAAAGUCCGAGAGCUGUUUUCUGUCCAAGUCCGGAAAUCAAGCUGCAGGCCUUUAUUACGAGGCAAGUAGCAUUGUUAAACUUUUUAAAUAUGCUGUUUCAGAGAUUGUUGGCCUCCAAAAUGAGGCACGCAUAUUUUGCAGUGAUGAAACCAAAUCUCAGAUUUCUAGUCAUGGACUAAAGUUGUUGUUGAGCAUCAUUUGGAAGUGGAUGCAGAUCCCCUUCAGGUGUCCGGAUUACUUUUUUCAAGUAAGGGAUAAUGUUUUUUCAGAGCUAUUUUCCAUGAAUGAAAAUGGUGAAAAUUUUGAUGGGAUGUCUGUCUCAUUAGGCAGCCAUCUAUCUCUGAAUUUGUGCCUUAAAUUGAAAAACAUGCCACCGUCCCUUCACCUUCAGCUUUCUAAGCUUUAUUGCAUCCUUAGCUGUACUGUUCCAUCUCCACAUGGAAAGAACAUAGAGAAAUCAUGGUUGAAUAGUGAAGAAUGGGACACUGAUGAUAUUCUAGCUUUGAAUCAUAAGCUCAUGAGGUAUGCCACUGGGUCUUCUACGCCUAAUGCUAUGCAGGAUCGAACUAAUGCUGGUAGCAGGUGGACAGAGGAUUAUGUGUGUUUUCGUCUUAAUGAGAGAGGCCAAGGGUUCUCGACUUGCUUGCUUGAUGUGUCUGCUUUUCCUCCGGGAAACUAUAAAAUUAAAUGGCAUAGUUGUUGGAUAGAUGAUGAAGGUUCUUAUGGGAGCCUCCUUCCCAUGAAUGCUGGUCCCAACUUCGCUAUUGAGAACCCUUCUAAUUCCAGAACAAUGCAGACAGAAGUUUCUUGACUAUUUCAUAUAAGAGGAGCUAUGAUUGAUUCCUGUUCUUUUGGUGCCUGGGGAUUUUAGGUCAAUUUGAUCAUCAAACUUCCAAUAGAUGGAUUUUACGCAUAUAUGAUAGAGGGAGAAAUCUCAUCACAGAAACCACCAGUUCCACUAGGAUUUUGCUGCAAUUUUGUGGUUAAGUUCAUAAAAAAAACUCAGACCAUCCCCUGUAGACAGCAGCUGUCUGGGCUGCACCCAGAGUUGAAGGAUCAUGUACCUUCCAACAAACCUCCUUUUUCUGUUUCUUCAAACCUUGUGCUGCUACACCUGGUGAUACGGAAUUCACAUGCAUCCUGGGUCCAAGACUAUUUUAAACAAUUUAUUGUUCCUAUGGCUUCUGCUCUUGCUGCCCUGUAGCCCUACCUGAUAUCCUUAAAGAGUCCAAGACUCGCUAAGUUGCUGAACUUCUCCCUAUCAGCCAAAGUCUUGUAAGCUUUAUCGGAGGAUACGCUGGUGCACUUUAAGAGACUCUUUUCUAUGAUUGGCGAGUUCCAGGGAACCCUGUCCAAUCUAUUGUUUCUGUGUCAGCUGAGUGGCUGAACUUCUUCCUAUCAGAAUGCACAUAGAAGUGUGGGUAUGUUGCUGAAGAUCUAUAUUAUCUGGAGCUGUGACUUUGGUUUUUCUGAUACUUGAAGUGGUCUUCCUACCAGAAGGAUAACUUGAUUCUGAGAUUUCUACGAGUUCAUGUUGAAAAAUGCCAAAUUCCCAUGUUUCAAACUUUAUAUUGCCCUUGGAAAUUUUAAACUCCAGGGACGUUUAGGAGAAUCAAAGCCUUUUUUUUGCGUUGAGAGAUUAAUUUGUUUCAAUGAGUCAUUAACAUUAUGCUGUUGCCUCCACUGAAAGUUUAAAGCUAAAAGAUAGAUUCUAAGGAUGCUGAGAAAUUUUAGGAGGAUUUUUAUUCGAAACAGAAGAAGAGGAAGACGAUAGACUGCUUUUAGUUUUGAUAGAAUUUUGACUUGUAAGAAAUACUUCUUUGAUGAUGAAGAUUUAAAACACUUAUGCAGUUGUUUAACAAAUUAUUCAUCAACUGAUACAAAAUAGGAUUGAGAAGUAAAGCUAAAGAAUGUGAAGUUGUAUGCUAAAAUCAACUUCUCUCAGAUAUUGUCAUUACAAUGUAUUCACCCCAGAUGUAUGCGAAGUUGAACCUAAGGAUUUGACCAAGAGUACUGGGUUGCUUUGGUAAGUUAUAGAUUAUUAGUGAGCUAACUCAUAAACCACUGGUCGUUUUUCCACUUUUGGUUUUCCACCUGGACAAAAACACUUUGAAUCGUGUCAAUUGAAGUGUGCAACUUGACAAACCAAUAGGGGGAACUAACUCAAGCAAGCUACUGUUAUGAGCUUGCUUACAUGUUUAACUUAUGCUACUGUUAUACUACAUGAAUUGCAUUUCUUCAUCUGGAUGAUAUUGCCAUUGUGUUUUUACUUUUUUUGUCCUACUUUCAAUGAAUUUUUAAUGUUUCAAGCUCUGUGGCGCACCGAAUGACAUGACGGUCCAUUUUUACUUAACAGAGAGAAUUUUUUUUUUUGAUCAAGAUGAAAACUUCUAGUGUAAAAUGAUGAACAGACCAUUUUCUGCUUCUACUAGGAUUUCAACAUCUUGAGGUUCUAUGGUGCUUUCUCCUAUGCUUGUGAUUUAUUCUUUUUCCUCUUUGUCUGGAAAGAGGUACUGCAGGUUUGUAUAAUAGAAGAAAUUUCACUUCCUGUAUUCUUUUUUGCUUAGAGGAUAUUACUAGUUUUGCUUCUGUAUUGGAAACUUUUAGCAGUAAUAUGAACUAGACUUUAAUUUCUUUACUAGUGAAUUGAGUGCUUUGUUGUAAUAGAGUUCUUUUCCUUCUCUUUGAUAUGAUUCCUUGCAUUUGAUAUGUGCUGUCGAGUACAGUUGACAUGGCCAACCUCGUUCAUUGCUUACAUUAUUGCAAAAGAAAAGAAUAUGAUGUAUAGGCCGCUAUAGGUGUAUUUAUGUGUUCAAAAUUUCUUACCAGCAGUUUUGCUCGUUGGUCCGGAGCUUGGCCAUACAACUGUACAGUGUGCCUUUUCCUGCCUCCUACAGGAAACAAAGCCCAAAGGAGGCUAAUUGUUACAGGUAGAAGUUAGGUAAUGCUUUCACUGCAGUUAUCACAGUAGGCAAUGUUCUCCAGAUAAGGCUUGAAAUGCUGAUAUUGUAGAUGAAUUGAUAAUAGCUAGAGAUAUAAGAAGGCAAGACUGUCUCAAGUGUUUGAAGUGUUUGUGCAGAGAGAGGCCAAUUUGUGUGCCAAGUGUGGAGCUCCCUCUGAGGACGUCAGACAAAAUUUGUGCAAGUGCGCACAAAACCAGAAAAAGCUGGAGUUGCCAUAUGUUUUUUCAGUUCAAGGACACCAAUUCUUGUUAGAUUUGCUAGUCUAUUGGUAAAAGUCGGAUGGAUACGUGCACACCUUGGCUUAUCAGAUUUUUUUGCAGUAGUCUUUCUUCCUUAUUCUACUAUGGCUGGCUUGUGGACAAAGCUGGGGUCAGUAAUGGCUGAAUGUGCCAAGAAAAAGGGAGAAAAGAAGAAGGUUUCAGGACUUUUUUUUUUCCUUCCCUUGCUUAGAUUUUUUACUGGGAAAAAGUGGUGAAAUUUCCUCUGUCAAUAUUCUCCAUUAUCACAAAGUGCGGCCGUGAAACAUGAGGUCAGAUUAUGAGAAUGUUUCAGAAGAACUUUGCCCUUCUUAUCUCCUUUCCAAGAAAAAGAGUUCAAUGUUUCUUUUGAUUCCUGCCUAGAUGCCCGAGUUAAGAAACAGUGAUACAUGUCUCGCUCGUCGGUGGACUUCGUCUCUUAAAUUUGUUCUUCAGUCUUUGGUGGACUUUCCCUUUCACAUACUCUAUUGCUUGGAGGAAAUUUAGGUGGGCAGCAGUUGGAAUUAAGAAGACGAAAAAUGUGUUUUUGACCUUUCAUUGGUAUGAAAUUUCUGACCAAAGCUGCAUUCCACAUUGUA